GCAGAGUUUCCUCUUGACAGAAAGGAGUUCACGUUGAGGAAAUGGCAGAAACACGUAAACCCCAUCGUGAGAGGAGACACAGCAUCGACUAUCCUCCAGUCUUCAGUGAGCUCAGGCUGGUUCUAGUUGGGAAGACUGGAGCAGGGAAGAGUUCCAGUGGAAACACUUUGCUGGGAAGAGUCGCCUUCAGCGCCGCCGUCCAUCAGUCCUCAGUCACCAGGGAGUGCUGUAAGCAGACAGGGGAGGUCUCUGGGAGGCAGGUGGCGGUGGUGGACACCCCCGGGCUCUUCGACACCUCGUUACCGGAGCACAGCGUGAAGAGAGAGAUCUCAAAGUGCAUCAACAUGUCGGCGCCGGGGCCCCACGCCUUCCUGCUGGUCAUCAGGGUGGGGCCGUUCACCGGGGAGGAGCGAGACGCCGUGCUUCAGCUGGAGCAGAUCUUCGGGGCGGACGCCUGGAAACACACCAUCGUCCUCUUCACCCACGGAGACGCUGUGGGGCCUCAGCUGCUGAAGGAGGCGGGCCCCGAGCUGACGGCCGUCCUGAAGAAGGCAGGGAACCGGUUCCACGUCUUCAACAACGCCAAGGCCAACGACCGCGGACAGGUGCUGGAUCUGCUGGAGAAGGUGGAGCAGAUGCUGGAGGCUAACGGAGGACAGUUCUACUCCAACGUCCGCUACGAGGAGGUGGUGGAGAUGCUGGACCGCAGAGAGGCGGAGCUUAGGGUGCUCUACAACAGGAAGCUGAGGGAGGAGAUCCGACGGGUGGAGAGGAAGUACGAGCUGAAGCUGAGGGACGAGACGCAUCAGCAUCUGCAGGUGGAGCAGCGUCUGCAGGCCGAGCUGCAGGAGGUGACGCGGUACUACCGGGUCCUGGAGAAAGGGGUCCGGCUGGUGGUGGAGCAGACGGUGCCCUCCGACUCCUUCCAGGAAGUGCUGUCCCAGUUCAACGAGAAGCUGAAGCUCAAUGUUCAGUCCUGAAGCUCCUGAUUCUCUCACUGGGUCAAAGUCUGAUCAAACUGUUCUAAUUCUAAAGCUGAAUGUGUCAUUGAGUAACGUUCUGGUUGUUUUUGUUUAUGUUAUAAAUGUACCGUUGCUCAUAAAAGGUUCAACUCUGAUCUAUAAACAGUCGUUAUCGGACAACAUCCGGAGUACCAGGAGUUUCCCUUUCACUCGGAGCUGAGGAAAUGUGGAAGCUAGUCCCAUUUCACAGAGUUCUGAAACUAGAUCCCAGGAUUCAAAAGCUCGUACUCAGAAGGAAAGUAGAUCCCCAGAAAUAAGUUAAAAACAAUUGGAAAAUACUUCAGAGAUUCUAAGUCAGAGAAUAGUUUGCAGUUCUCUGAAAACAAUGUCAAACUUCUGAAAAUAUUUUACAAAAUCCUGAAAUAGUCCAAAGAAAUGUAUAAAAUAAAUCUGCAAAAUGCUGAAACUAUUCCACAAGAAACUGGUUUCCUGAGAAUUCUGAAACAAUUUUGACAAAAUUCUUAAAAUAAUUCCCAGAACUCUAAAAUCUGUUUUCAUUAUUUGUAAUAUUUGUUGAAUGGUUUCAGAAGUCUAGAAAGAGUCAGUGGAGACGUUUCACUAAUACAUGACUUCUAUGAAAAACCCUUAAACAACAUGUUGAUUUGAUUAAAGUUGUGUAAUCGUUGUAUUGUUCAUCACCAUGUAAAGCCUCUGGGGUAUUAUAAACUCUGUGACCUGUUCAUUAAGUGUUUUUUUAAAUAAAUACACAUUGAAUGUA